ACCAAGGAGAUGGCGCUGUUCUCUCUGAUGAAGCAGACCGGCUGCACCAUCAUGCAGGUGAACGGGCAGAGGAAGUUCGGUGGACCGCCUCUCGGUUGGGAGGGACCGCCCCCCCCGCGUGGCUGCGAGGUGUUUGUGGGGAAGCUUCCCAGGGACGUGUACGAGGUCCAGCUGCUGCCUCUGUUUGAGAGCGUGGGCCAGGUCUACGAGCUCCGACUCAUGUUGGAGUUCAACGGCCAGAACCGCGGCUACGCCUUCGUCAUGUUUGCCAACAGAGAAUCAGCGCAGAGGGCCAUCCAGACGCUGGACAACCACGAGAUCAAGCCGGGAAAGUUCAUUGGCGUGUGCGUGAGUCUGAACAACUGCCGCCUCUUCAUCGGCUCCAUCCCCAAAGACAAGAAGAAGGAAGAGAUCAUGGCCGAGAUGAAGGAGGUGAUGGAAGGUGUGGUGGACGUCAUUGUGUAUCCCAGUUCUACUGAGGAGAAUAGAAACAGAGGAUUUGCCUUUGUUGAGUUUGAAUCUCACAAAGCAGCAGCCAUAGCCCGAAGGAAGCUGCGGUCUGGAGCCUAUAAGCUGUGGGGUAACAACAUCCAUGUAAACUGGGCCGAUCCUGAGAAGGACGUGGCCGACGAGGUGAUGCAGCGCUAUAAAGUCCUCUAUGUUCGUAACCUGAUGCUGGGCACCACCGAAGAGACGCUCUUUCACGAGUUCUCUAGCUUCAAACCGGGCUCCGUGGCGUUUGUCAGGAAGUUCGGCAAUCAGGCCUUCGUGCACUACCGCCACCGCGACGACACCAUCGCCGCAUUGAGCUUAAUGAACGGGGCCCAGAUCGAUGGUGCCACUGUGGAGGUGAGGCUGUCCAAACCAGUGGGGAUGAGAAACAGGCAAGGGGGCAGCAGCGGCUUCUGCAGCAAAGUGGACCUGGAAACCAACGUAAGAGGAGGAGGAGCAAGAGAAGGAAACGUGGCGCUGCACAGGAGCGAUGAGGGGAUGAAGGGAGAACUCGAUUAUGUGUGUUCUCCACCAAGACGUGCGUCCGUGCCGCCUCAGCUGGUGAAUUCCUUAUACCCAGGAACAGCAGGAGGUGACCUGGACAGGUGUGUGUUCCCGGUCUUUCCCGGCGCCCCCCUCUCCCCCACCAGCCUGCUGUCGCUGAAGCAGAGUCAGAUCAGCUCUGCCGUCAGCCUCCUGGACUUCUACUGCCACAGCAACUGCUGGUCGCAGCCCGAGUACCACCUGUUCUCCACCCCGGGAAAGGAUGGACAGCUGCUGCUGCUCUACAAGGUUGUGAUCCAAGCUACACAAAGCAGCUUCAUCCCUGACAAGCUGUGUUUGCUGCUGGACGACGCCAAAGAAUUAGCUGCACAGACCACACUGAGGAACCUGGAAUUGUCUUUCCAUAGCGAGUCCUCCAGUGAUUCUCAAAGCAGCCCCUCUCCUCCGCCCGCCCGGGCCUCCUCUGCCACCACUCAGGGGUUUCUGACCGGCGAUGGCAGGGCCUACGCCUCCUGCCUGCCUCCCUCUGCCCCACCCCCACCCUUCUCUACCCCACCCCCACCCUUCUCUGCCUCCCAGACUCAGAGGUUCUUCAUCAACCCCCCGUCGCCUUUUUACUGA